CGUGAGCUUCGGGGCUUUACACGCUUUGUGCACGAGCUGUUGUGCACUGCGAAAUUGCAAGAACGGAACGAAGAAAGCCGCCGCCGCGUUGCUGCUGAGGAGUAACAAAAGCAUAAAAAGAGGCCUCCCGCAACCAUGCCGGAGUGGACCGGCGUCAACAAGAAUGUUGUGGACGUAUCUCCGCCGAGCUCCCCGGAGAGCUCGACCUCACUCGAGCCACGAGGACCACCACCACCGCCGCUUCCUUCAGCAGAAGCAGCACCGGCGGAAAGCUCGACCUCGCUGGGACCAGGAGGGCAACCGCAACCGCAACCACCGCUACCUUCAGGAGCAGGAGCAGCACCGGCGGAAGCAGCAACGGCGGAAGCACUGGCAGCGGCGGCGGCGGCGGAAUCAGGCCCACCCAGCCCCCCGUCGAUAUCCGCGCCCGCCCCGCCGCCGCCGGUAUCGCAGGCGGCACGGCAGCUCCCUCAAUCUCAAAGUCGACGCCUGUCGCUGACGGUCCGCCCGCCUUCUUACGGGGAACUAACUGGUGCUGCCGACCCGCAGACCGGUCCCGAGCCGUCUCCCGCUGGGAGCGUAGUCCCCGCGCGGGAAGAGAAAAGCCUGCCGGUGCCGGCGCUGGAGGAGCAGCAACCGCCACUGCAGCCGCCGCGGCCGCCGCAGCCGGAGGCGAAGAAAACGGGGAGCAAAGCCGCCGCGCCCGCCGAAGAAGAAAAGAGUCAGAAGCCGGAGGCGCCGGCUCAGGAGAAGCAGCCGCCGAAGCCGCCUCCGCGCCCGCCGCAGCCGCAGCCAGACUCGCUGCAACAGAACCUCCAGCAAGCAGGACCUCGGACGGCGGUGAAAACUUGGGGGAAGAAGGCGGGAGGGGCAGGCGCCAAAGCCGACGCUCUGGCCGUGUCGCUGUCCACGCCGCCGUCACGAGGGCCGGACGAGGCGGGGGCGGGGGGGCUCACGGUAGCUGCCGCAACGCCGCCUGCGAAGAAGAGAGUGCCGAGGGGGAGCCCGAGGGCCCAGCCGGCAAAGGGGACGCCGGCGAGGCGGGGCAAGCCAAAGAAGAAGGCGCCAGAAAAGGCAUCGGCGGCGGCGGCCGGGACCGCUCCCGCCGCCGCCGCCGCCGCCGCCGGGACGGGUGCCGCCAGCGUCGGCGGGAACGAACCGGCCGGCCGGAAGCCGAGGCCCGCUGCCCCCACCCCCGCCGCUGACCCGUCGGCGCCGGCCAUACAUCUGUCGCGGCGGAUGCUCGACGUGGAGGUCGUGGAGGCGGCGGGCCUGCUCGGGACCGAGAAAGGAGGCGUUUCCAACCCGAGGGUGAACAUCCUCCUCGUGGACCUCGCCGGGAGGCCCGUCAAGUCGGAGGGUGUCAGGCAAACGCCCGUCGUCAAGGGCACUACGAACCCGGUGUGGAACUUCAAGACUUCCUUCGGGUAUCGGGCGAACCUCAGCGCUCCCGUGGGGGGAAACAUGCCAACACUGCGCCUUCAGGUGUUCAGCGAGCAGCGAUUCGCGGCCGAGAAGCCCUUGGGCAUGGUGGACAUUCCCCUGGUGAAUCUCAGCGUGGACGGGGAGGAGUGGGAGCAGUCCUACUCUCUCGAGCCCUUCGGGAGGCUCAGGGCCGGGGGCAGGCUCGGCAGCAUCCACGUCCGGCUCAAGAUAGGCGCCGUCGUCGACAAGCGGGACGGGUCCUCGAAGCAGUUCUUGGACCUGAAGCGGGGCCUCAAUGACAGGGGGGACGAGGAACCCGGGUAUCAGGAUCAGCCGCCGAACUUCUUGAGGAUUACGCUGCACCAGGGUCAAGACCUUUUGGCGUUGGACAUGGGGGUCAGCUCUGAUCCGCUCGUCAUAUUUAAGCUCGGCGGCAAGGAGCAGCGAUCGCGGGUUAUACAGAAAAAUCUCAACCCACAAUGGGAAGAGGUGUUCGAGUUCGAGUGCAGGAGCUCCGGAGAGUCGUUGGAGAUCACCGUUGAGGACGAGGACCGAUUCGUGAAUGACUUCAUAGGCUUCGUGAGCAUAUUGAUGGGGGACCUGGAAGACAAGCGGAAGAUCAGGCAGUGGUACGACCUCAAGCUGAGGACGGGAGAGCUGCCCGCCGGCGAGGAAAGAGGGUCCAUCGAGAUGACCACCCAGUGGUUCUUCAACCCCAAGUUUGCCGGCAAGGAUGAGGCCACCAAGAAAAAGGUGGAGUUUAGCGUCGUCAAUUGGCUGCAAGACGCCGAAUCCGACACCGAGGAAGACCCGAACGCGCAGAUAGCGGCGAAGGAGGCCGAUCCGGAGGAGAAGAAGAGGCAGGACGAGGAGAAGAAAGCCCUGCUCGCCAAGCUAAGUGACUUCAAGGUGGUUAGCGGCGAUUACGUGGCGUACGUGCAUAUCAUAGAGGUCCGGGAGCUCAAGGGCGAGGAUCUCCAGGGCACGUCUGACCCCGUGGUGUACGUGGAGGCGUUCGGCCAAAAGUUUGCGACGGAGGUGGUGAAGGACCGCCUCAACGCCGUCUUUGACGAGACGUUCGUCAUAAACCUGAGAAACAUGGACCAGGAUGACUUCAAGGAGGGCGUGUUCCGGAUAUCUGUCAUGGACGCCGACUUGACCAUCGGGAGCCUUGGCGCCCUCAAGGCAGAUCUCAUCGGGGCCGUUAGCUUCGAUGCCACCUAUGUCUACUUCAACAAGGACCACGAGGUGCACAGGCGUUGGGUAGCGCUUGUGGACGACGAGAACCCGGAGGACGUGGGCAUCCAGGGUUACCUGCACCUCUCCAUCGCCAUCGUCGGGCCAGGAGACAGACUCAAGGAGGUGCACGACGAGGAGGCCGACCGGAGGAAGGAGAAGGCCGCCGAGGCGAACGCCGGAGGCAUGGACUCCCUGGUCGUCAUGCCUCCCGCCAUCGAGGUGCAGCAGAAGUGGCUAGUUACCACCGUCGCCAAGGCCGAGUACAUGCCCGUCAUGGACAAGAACUUCGGCGGGGGGGCCGGCGGCGGAGACUUCUUCUUCCAGGUUGAGGUAGCCGGCGGGAAGCCCAUCCGCACGAAGAAGGUGACGCUAACGGGAGACCGCCAUCGUCUCAACCCGGAGUGGCGGUCGGAGCUAUGGCAGCCUGUCACGACGCCGUGCAUGUCGGGGAACGUCAAGUUUUCCAUCUGGGACUGGGACCCCGUGGGUGAGAACGAACUGGUCGGGGUUUACUACGGAAAGCUGCGGCACAUCGAGAACACAAUGAAGGAAACGAAGGGCCGUGUGACUUGUAGAUGGGUGAACCUAUACGGACCGCCCCUGCACAUCCCGGAGACCCGUAACCUGAAGGUGCUUACGAGGAGGGCGGCCACGCUGGGGCUAGGGGCGCAGACGGACCACCUGCACCAGUACCUCAACUUCCCCGAUAAGGCGUCAACCUACCGCGGGCGAGUGCUGGUGAUGGAGAGGAUCGUCCCGCAUGCUCCCAAGGCUCACGAAAAGGACAAGGUGGCGUGGAGAAGGAAGAUCAAGUCGCCCACCGUGCCCAAGGCCGCCCAGUACGCCAUGCGGAUCUUCGUCGGGGCGGGCACGGGUAUCCCCCAGUUCACCGACGUGGCCAACUUCGGCAAGAACAAGAAAAUGUGGAUUCGCGUCUCCGUGGGGCGGUACGAGCUGUCCACCGAGCCCGUGGACAACAACAAGGGUGUGUGCGAGUGGUACCAGUCGCUUCAGCAGAAGAGCAACUUCAACCUCACCGCGGACCCCGACCAGUGCCCCGACCUCAUCGUUCACCUUAUGGCCGGUACGGGCACGAAUGCGGAGCCUUGCUCGUUCAGGCGGUUUCCGGCGAAGGAGCUCAUCGAAGAGAAGUUCGGCGGUGCCCCCAAGUGGAUCAGGCUGCAAGAGGACAAGGUGCUAGACCUCUUGGUCAACAACGAGUUCCCCGGAUCGGUUCUGAUCCGAAUGGGCCUCGGACCGAUCGAGUCGUACAUCACGAACAAGAGCAAGUGGAAGGACGAGAUACAGGGCCUGCUCAGGAGGGAGGCGUACGAACUCAGGGUCCACCUCUACCAGGCCCGCAACCUCCCGUCAGCAGACAGCUCCGGACUGAUCGACCCAUACUUGAAGGUCAAAUUCCUGGGAGAGGUCGAAAAGGGAGCGAAGGCGUGGAGGGAGCGCGCCCCUCCGACGCGCCGACGCGCUUGUCAAUAG